AUGGACGAGGAUGAGAAAGAAAUGCUUUCAGAAGCACGAGCACGGUUAGCCAACACUAGAGGCAAGAAGGCGAAACGGAAAGCCAGGGAAAAGCAACUUGAAGAGGCUAGAAGGCUUGCUUCAUUGCAAAAAAGGAGAGAACUAAAGGCAGCUGGAAUUAAUACUAGGCAAAGGAGGAGGAAAAGGAGGGGGAUUGACUAUAAUACUGAAAUCCCUUUUGAGAAGAAGCCGCCUCCUGGAUUUUAUGAUAUUACUGAUGAAGACCGAUCAGUGGAACAACCUAAGUUCCCAACUACCAUCGAAGAACUUGAAGGUGAAAGAAGGGUUGAUAAGGAAGCACGAUUAAGAAAGCAAGAUAUUGCUCGGAAUAAAAUUUUGGAGAGGCAGGAUGCACCGUCGGCUAUACUGCAAGCUAACAUGCUUAAUGAUCCAGAAGCAAUUAGGAAGCGGCCAAAACUGAAUCUGCCUGCGCCACAGAUGGGGGACCAGGAUUUGGAGGCAAUUGCAAAGUUAGGUUAUGCUGGCGAACUUGCAGGCGAAGAAUUCACAGAAGGGAGUGUUGCUACACGUGCACUCCUUGCAAAUAAUUCCCAGACACCAUGGCAUGGAAUAACCCCAUUACGAACCCCACAAAGAACACCUGCAGGUAAGGGCGAUGCUAUUAUGAUGGAAGCACAAAAUGCAGCCAGGAUGAGAGAAUCUCAGACCCCAUUAUUAGGGGGAGAGAAUCCAGAAUUGCAUCCGUCCGAUUUUUCAGGGGUCACUCCACAGAAAAGGGAUAUCCAAACGCCGAAUCCAAUGUUGACUCCUUCAGCAACUCCCGGAGGGAUGGGUCUUACUCCUAGAAUUGGCAUGACACCAUCUAGGGAUGGCUAUUCUUUUGGUAUGACCCCAAAAGGAACUCCCCUGAGGGAUGAGCUACACAUUAAUGAAGAUAUGGAAAUCCAUGAUACUGCCAAGCUUGAGCGCCGAAGACAAGCUGAGUUGAAAGAGAACCUGCGCUCUGGUUUUAGCACUCUUCCACAACCAAAGAAUGAGUACCAGAUAGUUGUCCAACCUGUUCCACAAGAUAAUGAGGAUCCAGAGGAGAAGAUCGAAGAAGACAUGUCUGACAGGAUUGCAAGAGAGAAAGCUGAGGAAGAAGCAAGGUUGCAAGCAUUACUUAGGAAGAGAUCGAAAGUAUUGCAAAGGGAGUUACCUAGACCCCCUGCUGCUUCAUUGGAGCUGAUUAAAAAUUCUUUGAUGAGAUCUGAUGAGGACAAGAGCUCCUUUGUCCCUCCUACUUCGAUUGAGCAGGCAGAUGAGAUGAUAAGAAAGGAGCUUCUAUCCUUACUAGAGCAUGAUAAUGUAAAGUAUCCACUUGAUGAGAAAGUGGACAAGGAGAAAAAGAAAGGAGUCAAGCGGGCUGCAAAUAAAAAAUCUGCUUCUGUCACUAUGAUUGAAGAUUUUGAAGAAGAUGAGCUGAAAGAGAGAGUGAGAUUACCAACUUACGCGAUUGAAGGCGGUCAAGCAGUGGAGGAGCCACGACCAUAUGGUGAAGAAGAUGAAGAAGAGGAUGACAGAAACUCGACAUGGCUUGAUUUUAAUGUUACUCAAUGGGUUGAGUCUCCAGCUAGUUCAAUCAAUAUUGGACAAGUUAACUUAAGUGAUGUUUUUGCACAAAAUGAAUGGUACUCUAAGUUUGUGGGAAGUUCGGGGGAAAGUGAAGGGGGUUAA